GCGGCGCAUGCGCGGGCGCGGAGGGGAGCUGAAGGAGACGCCGCCAUGCCCGGCUCCCUGCAGGUGCCCUCCCUGGAGGAGCUCGAUGUGCAGGAGGUGGCGGUCAGCUCGGCCGUGCUGAAGGCCGCGGCCCAUCAUUACGGCUCGCAGUGCGACCGGCCCAACAAGGAGUUCAUGCUGUGUCGCUGGGAGGAGAAGGACCCGCGGAAGUGCCUGCGGGAGGGCCGGCAGGUCAACCAGUGCGCGCUCGACUUCUUCAGGAAGAUUAAGACACACUGUGCAGAGCCAUUCACUGAGUACUGGACCUGCAUUGACUACAGCAACCUGCAGGAGCUGCGCCGGUGCAGGAAGCAGCAGGCAGUGUUUGAUAACUGUGUGCUGGAGAAGCUGGGUUGGGUGAGACCUGAUCUGGGACAGCUCUCUAAGGUUACGAAAGUGAAGACAGACCGUCCCAUGCCUGAGAAUGCCUAUCACUCUAGACCUAGACCAGAGCCCAACCCACCCAUUGAAGGUGAGCUGAAGCCAUCUCCCUUUGGCAGUAGGCUCUUCUUCUGGUCCUGGUGAAGUGGGCAGCCUGUGCUCCAGCUAAAGCACAAAGACAUAUUGCUCACAACUGUAAAUUGUCUGGUAUGCGUUGGGUAGAACUUUAACGAUUAAAGAACUCCAAACCA